AUGUACCUGCCAGUGGCCGUGCUGACGGGCAUCGUUGUGGUCUCCGCCUUGGUUGUGAACGGCUCGGUCAUCAUGGUUUCCAUCAGGUACAAGAAGCUCCAGUCACCCCUGAACUACGUCCUGGUGAACCUGGCCGUGGCCGACCUGCUGGUGACGCUCUGCGGCAGCCCCGUCAGCUUCUCCAACAACUUCAAUGGCUUCUUCAUGUUCGGCAAACAGAUGUGCGAGCUGGAGGCCUUCAUGGUCUCCCUGACAGGCAUCGUGGGGCUGUGGUCCCUGGCCAUCCUGGCCUUCGGGCAGUACAUUGUGGUCUGCAGACCCUUGGAAGACUUUCGGUUCCAGCACCGGCACGCUGUCAGCGGCUGCACCUCCACAUGGAGCUGGUCACUGCUCUGGAUGACCCCACCGCUCCUGGUGAGCAGCUAUGUGCCUGAAGGUCUGAGAACCUCUUGCGGGCCCAACUGGUACACCGGUGGCAGCAACAACAGCUACAUCUUGGCCUUGUUUGUCACCUGCUUCGUGAUGCCCCUCACCCUGAUUCUCUUCUCCUACACCGAUCUGCUGAUGACCCUGCGAGCGGCUGCGGCACAGCAGCAGGGAACGGACACGACGCAGCAGGCGGAGCAGGGGGUGACACGCAUGGUGAUUGCGAUGGUGGUGGCCUUUCUUCUCAUCUGCUGGCUGCCCUACACCACGUUUGCCCUUGUGGUGGCCGCCAACAAAGACAUCGCCAUCCAGCCAGCUCUCACAUCCCUGCCCUUCUACUUCUCCAAGACCGCCACGGUUUACAAUCCAAUCAUCUACAUCUUCAUGAACAAACAGGUGAGAGAGAAAGCCAUUAGCUAA